AUGUCUGGCGACGCCGCUCCGCCUCCGAUGGACUCGCUGUCCAUCGAACAGGCCAAGACUGAGCGUGUCACCGGCCGCAGCAACAGCUUCUCCCAGCAGUCGCGGGCCUCUGACGACUCGCAAACUGCCGCCGAUUUCCUUCGCGACCAGGAAAUGCUCGAGGCCGAUGCCCGCGAAGCCCUGCCUUAUAGCAUCGAGACUUGCACCAAAAUCCUCGGACCGCUGCGACAGAACGUCUUCGCCUGUUUGACCUGUAACCCUGCGCCGGCAAAGGAUGGAGACUCCUGGAAUCCCGCAGGCAUGUGCUACGCGUGCUCCGUCUCCUGUCACGGCGAGCACACUCUAGUCGAGAUCUUCCAGAAGAGGAACUUCACCUGCGACUGCGGAACGACACGCAUUCCGUCAACCAGUCCAUGCACGCUGCGCAUCAACAGCGAGACCAACACCAAGGGCAAUGUCCACUCCGAAGAGCCGGACGCGAACAACAAGUACAACCACAACUUCAAGAAUCGAUUUUGCUGCUGCGAGUGCGACUACGACCCGAUUGAACAGAAAGGCACUAUGUUUCAGUGCCUUGGCUUGGGGACAGAAGAGACUGGAGGCUGCGGAGAGGACUGGUAUCACCCUGGCUGCCUGGUCGGCAUGGGCCCAAAGUGGUAUGAGAAGAUGGACAGCAAAAAGCCAAGGUCGGCACAAAAGGGAACGGAGGGCCAAGCCAACGGCCUGGCAACAAUUACCGAGAGCGACGAGGCGCAGCCUACAAACGGCACGGCUGAAGCCGCCGAUGUGGCCGUCGAGGAUGAGGAUGACGAGCCACCAUUGCCUCCCGGGUUCCCAGGAGAAGACGAUUUUGAAGGGUUCCUGUGUUACAAGUGCGUUGAUGCAAACCCGUGGAUCAAGCAGUAUGCAGGAACCCCGGGCUUCCUACCAGCCAUCUUUCUAGAGCAGCCCGCAGCUUCUGCGCCGUCACCGUCGGACAGCACGACCACAGUUGCGUCCAAGAAGCGCAAGGCCGAAGAUGGUGGCGAGGAGCAUACAGAUGCGAAGCGCAUUAAGAGCGAAGGCGACCUCGAUAUCAAGGCAUCCGAUGCUCGGGAUGCCAAGCAAGACGGCCCAACCUCGUGCAAACUUCCCAAUCUCCCUGCCGCGCCAAAGGGUCGCUUCUCUCUCUUCUUCAAGGAGGACUUUCGCGAGCAGCUCUGCCACUGCUCUGACUGCUACCGCCACCUCAACGCCCACCCCCAACUCCUCGAAGAGGAAGAAGUCUAUGAACCCCCUCUGUCCGCCGACGGUGCUUCGCAGCACGGAGGCUCGACGCACGGAAGUGGCAGCCUGCUCGACCGUGGUGAGAGCGCUCUGCGCAACAUGGACCGCGUCAAGGCGAUUGAGGGCGUCAUGGCGUACAACCACCUCAAGGAGCAGCUCAAGCCGUUCUUCAAGCAGUUUGCGGAGAGCGGCAAGGCUGUCGGGGCGGAAGACAUCAAGGCGUACUUCGCGAAGCUGCGGGGUGACGAGCAGGGGAUCAAGGAGGCGGGCGAGGCUGCUGCGUCGUCCAAGGACAAUGGUGAUGAAGGGGGUGAUGGGAGACGGGAGCAGAGCGGGUAUUAG